AGGAGUAGAGCAGGAGAGGAGUUCCCAUCGGGGGUGUCGAGCAUCAGGAGAGACGAGGCCUUGGGCCGACCCUCUUCGUCUCAGGGUGUCCCUUCGUCGUCUCAGGCCUUCCCUGCAUCCUCCUCUUCCUCCUUGAGCCACAAUUCUGCCACCAGAAACACAAUUCGCAUUCAUGGUGAAGAACUUCCUGGCUUGUCAAAUGAGAAGCAGAGGAGAAGCCCAGAUGCCGAGCCGCUGGGAGCGAAGAAGACGAGUCCAGAUGCCGAGUUGCUGACGGAGAUCCUCCUGGUUCUCCAGGGGGUUGAGAGCCGGCACAUUCGGUGGGAGUCCCGGCGGCAGGAGUUUGUCCUUCAUCGUGACUUCAAG